GCUGUCUCGGCCUCUGGGAUUGGCUUCUUGAGAACGACGUUCCAUUCCUUCCGUUCCCAGCCUUCCUUCUCAUCCUUAUUACCUGCCGUGGGAGACGUGGCGGAGCCGGGAGCAGCGUCAUCACCGGAGACAUGGAGCUGGAAGCAAUGAGCCGAUAUACAAGCCCGGUGAAUCCGGCAGUGUUCCCGCACCUCACAGUUGUGCUUCUGGCUAUCGGCAUGUUUUUCACAGCAUGGUUCUUUGUCUAUGAGGUGACAUCCACAAAAUACACAAGAGAUGUGUAUAAGGAGCUGCUUAUUUCUCUGGUAGCAUCGCUCUUCAUGGGAUUUGGGGUCUUGUUUCUUCUGUUGUGGGUCGGGAUCUAUGUGUGACCUCCGGGGUCCCUGUUGGAGGGUUAGAUGUUUUUACUGCCGUGUGUUUCGGGGACCAGUAUCGGCCAUGGAUUAUGAUGUCCACUCAGUUGUUGCACUGUCAGUUCUGCGAUGGAGAUUCUCUCACCAGUCACAAUAAAACACUUUAUUACUACA